AUGCGCCUGGCACAAACAGUCUCUGCACCAUGGGGCUCCCAUCACAUAUCGCGCGUAGACCAAAUCCUGCCUGAAGCGAAGAGUAUUGGGACAUUGGAUGGUGCGCGAUAUGUCCGCCAGGAAAACUCGCCGGAGAACAUGCAUGUGUCCCGUUCACCUGUCGCCCCUUCCUCAUCCGCACAACAUCGGAUCCCACAAUUCGGCGAGCAGGACACAGUCAGCCUUGCGCGUCAGCGCAGUAUGACUCUGAGUCCAGUAGACCCGCAAUAUCAGGAGCACACCCUUGUCAUAGUCCAAGUUCGCCUUCUCUCCCAGGUACAAAUCUCGGUCUUCACUCCUGGGCCCAAAUGUCUCCGGUCUGUCGCAAUUAUCCACUCCAACAGGAGCUUCCCCAACCGCGUUUGCCAGACGGGGUCAAUCCCCGAGGUCAAGCUCGCUGUGGAUAUCACAGUCGGUCAUGUUCUUGAACAGGCUGCCCUUGAGGUGCCCACGUAG